UAAAGUGUGAAUGAGGAAGCAAGAAAUCAUUUUCUUUUAGCCUUAGGAAGAUGCUUAAAAAGGACAGUAUCACUCUGCCGGAGGUGAAAGAGAGCGAAGAGAGGGAAAGUGAGCUCAGAGAGCAAACACAGAGGACAGAGAUAUGGCCUGGGUUGCUUUUGAUAUCUGUUUGCUAAGCAUAUUUUUCCUUAUUACUCUGGAAAAAGGACAUACCACUGAAAAGGAUACCAGAGUGAUGGACGCUACAGCCCCAGGAGAUAUCAUCAUUGGAGGAAUUUUUCCCAUUCAUGAAGAUGUGGACAAAAAGAACUCUUUUGCACCUCAACCGCAGUCUUGUAUCAGGUUUGAUGAAAGAGGCCUGACGAAGGCUCUCGCUAUGAUCAAUGCUAUCGAGGUCAUGAAUAAGUCCCCUCUGCUUACUGCUGUAAACAUCACUCUGGGUUACCGGAUCCUGGACUCUUGCUCUGAUACCAGCACAGCUCUCAGAGCCACAGCAGACUUCAUGCAGCAGGCUGACUGCUACACAGAAAGCAACACUUCCACUUGUGGCCAGCCAGUCAUGACUGUUAUAGGUGGUUCCUCCUCUGAAAUAUCCAUUGCCAUUGCCAGGCAACUGACGCUCCAGAUGAUUCCUCAAAUCAGUUAUUCAUCAACUGCUGUCAUUCUCAGCGAUAAGAGCCGCUUCCCUGCCUUCAUGAGGACUGUGCCUAAUGAUAUACAUCAGACAGCUGCCAUGGUCAGUCUGCUCAGCACCUACAAGUGGAACUGGGUGGGAAUAAUUACCACAGAUGGAGAUUAUGGCCGAUCAGCUCUGGACCACUUUGUAACUCAGGCCUCAGAAAAGGGCAUCUGUGUGGCAUUCAAAUCAAUUCUACCUCAGUCUGUGACCAGUCAAGAUACCUACUCUGCUAUCAAGGACACUGCCACAAUCAUCAUCAACAAUCCCAAGGUGCAGGUCAUAGUGUCAUUUACCAGGCCAAAUCACAUGAAGUACCUUUACCAGGAACUUAAGGAGCAGACGCUGAGAGCAGGACAGACGAUGGAGUCAAUGAGAAGAGUCUGGGUGGCCAGUGACAGCUGGUCCUCCACCAGCUCUGUGGAAGGAAACCUAACUCUGAGGGACAUAGGACAAGUUGUGGGCUUCACCUUCAAAAGUGGAGAUUCAUCGUCAUUUGGGGAGUACCUGAGCAGGCUAGAGGCAGCUGGACAUGAAUACACAAGGAAUAACCCCUUCCUGCAGGAGUUCUUUAGGCAGCUAAAUGUCAAUAAUGGUUUUGGAGACACUGAACUGGUGUCUGAAGCUGUGACAAUGCUCAGAGAACAAACCAAUCCUGACGUCAUCUUCAGUAUUGAGAUGUCUGUGAGCGCCAUCGCUAAGGCUGUGGCAUCUGCCUGCAGGAGCCGAGACUGCAAAACACCAGGCAAAAUGCAACCCUGGGAGAUGCUGGAAACUCUGAAGAUGCAGGAGUUAAUACUUGGAGGAAAGAGCUAUAAGUUUGACAGCAGAGGUGACCUCAACCUGGGCUACGAUGUGACAAUGUGGUGGUCAGAUAGAGGGACUAUCCGGAUCCAUAAUGUUGUGGCUGAGUAUCACAUACACACCAACAACUUCACCCACAUCAACCACAGCACCACCCAGCAGUUCCAGGACCUGAGGAACAUCACCUCUAAAUGCACCAAAAGCUGCAUCCCUGGAGAGUUCAAAAAAACAUCUGAGGGUCAACAUACCUGCUGUUAUGAGUGCAUCAACUGUACUGAGAACUACUACUCUAAUAAGACAGAUAUGGACCAGUGCCUGAGCUGUGACAUAAACAGAGAGUGGUCAGCUGAGGGCAGCUCGAGCUGCACCCCAAAAGUCAUGAUCUUCUUCUCCUGGCAGGAUAGCUUUGCUGUGGUACUCCUUACCUUCUCUGCCCUAGGCAUCCUCCUGGCUCUAAUGGUGUCAGCUCUGUUUUUACAUCAGAGGGAAACUCCUGUAGUGAAGGCUGCUGGAGGGCCACUGAGCCAGGUCAUCCUCUUCUCUCUAGUCAUCAGUUACAUCAGUGCCGUGCUGUUUGUAGGUCGGCCUAACAGUCUCCAGUGUAAGGCUCGACAGGUGCUCUUUGGUAUCAGCUUCACUAUGUGUGUCUCCUGCAUACUGGUCAAGACCCUACAGAUCCUGCUGGCCUUCCAGUUGAACCCUGAGCUGCAGGUAGUACUGCGGAGAAUCUUCCAGCCUUAUGUCAUUGUAAGCAUCUGUGUGGCCUUGCAGGUAGUUACCUGCAUCUGCUGGCUGGUCAUCAAAAGUCCAUUUAAUGAAAUCAUAAGGCAACCAACCACUCUCCUGGAGGAAUGUCACGAGGGCUCAUACUUGGCAUUUGGGGUGAUGCUGGGCUACAUAGCUCUCCUAGCUUUUGUGUGUUUCAUCUGCGCCUUCAAAGGACGCAAACUUCCACAGUUCUACAAUGAGGCAAAGUUCAUCACCUUCAGUAUGCUCCUCUACCUUAUCUCGUGGAUGCUCUUUGUUCCUGUCUAUGUCACUACUUCAGGAGUGUACCUGUCAGCUGUGGAGAUGGUGGUUAUUCUCAUCUCCAACUAUGGCAUCCUGUGCUGUCAUUUCUUUCCAAAGUGCUAUAUAAUCCUUUUUAAGAAGGAACAAAACACCUUGAGUGCUUUCAGGAAGAAUUUGUAUGAAUAUUCCACCAAAACUUUAGAUUCUGUCUCUGUGUCUGGGAGUUCCAUGUCAGAGAAACAGUCCAGGAGUCAGCACCUCACCAGUGCUUUGUCACUAUCUGUACCUACAGCUAGUCCUUUCAAACCUGCAGUGGUGACACACUGCAGAGAUGGGACAAGCUGCGCAAGUUUUCAAAAAGGUUCAGCCCCAAUACACUUCUUCAGAAGAAGAAGCAGCAUAUAAAAGAUCUGAUAUUUCCUGGCCUGAUACUGAUACUGAUACCUGGGCCUUGAGUAUCCGCAAAUAGUACCUAUCUGAUAUCAGUUUAUUAUUAAAUAAAAAAUUAUUCAAAACAUAACAAGUUGAAAACAACAAUAUGUAAUCUGACAAAUGUAAAAAUAUUUACAGGUCUGAGAUUACCCCACUCAUAGAUGCAAUGACAUAAUAAUAAUAAUAAUAAUAAUAAUAAUAAUAAUAAUAAUAAUAAUAACAAUAAUAAUAAUAUCGGAUUUGGAUCCUGCAGCACUGGAGUCAGAGAUUUUAGCACUAGGGGAGAGAGAAAACACAGUUAAUGACAUGUAAUGUCAUCAACUGUAAUUGAUGAUGUUGUUGAUAGUGCAGCAGCCUCACUACGUUCCACACUUGACACUGUCGCCCCUCUGAAAAAGAAGACAGUCAAACAGAGGAGGAUAGCUCCAUGGUUUAAUGCACAGACACGUGCUU